GCGCCUCAGACAGCUCAAUCUUGCCGGAGAGCGUGGAAUCUCCCACGCUGGGCACGCCAAAGCUCACAGGAGAAGGGACAACCAGAGACGCUUGGAAGGCGCCUUUUUGCAGGUCUGGUUGGUUUGCUGCUGCUGGCCAGCCCUCGGCGCAGUCGUGCCGCCAGUGGCCCACCACCACCGGAGGAUGAGAUUGUGAAAGUCAUCGAUGGGGACACAGUGAACUUGAAAUUUGCCGGGCGCUGUCGCUUGAUUGGCAUCAACACGCCCGAGACGGUAGCACCGAGGCAAAAAGAGGGCGCGCCCCCGGACUGUUACGGCCCCGAAGCAUCGGCCUUGACCAAGAGCUUGCUACCUCCAGGGACAAAAGUGAAGGUUGAACUGGAUGUGGAACCUGUGGACAAAUAUGGGAGACAGCUGGCGUACCUCUACAGGUCUUCGGACCAGCUCUUUUUGAACGCAGAACUGGUGAAGCAGGGCGCGGCGAAGCGCUACAAGGUGGCGCCCAAUGUGAAAUACGACACGAAGUUUGUGGAGCUGGAAAAGGAUGCCAAAGCUGCGGGCAAGGGUCUUUGGGGCGCUUGUGCAUCCAAGUCGCCAGCGGGGCCAACGACAUCGACAGCUAGCCCUGGAAGCGCUGGAAGCGAGGAGGAUCGCCGGGCCCGCCACAUCGCCACGGUGCUGAAGCCGGGGCCAGGCGCCACCUUGCGGGUGGGAGUGGUGGACGUGGGCGUUGGGCGUCUCUCCGUCUCUGUGAGAGCUGGUGGUGAGGUGGAAUUGAGCUGCAAGGAGUUGGUGUUGGAACCACUGGCUCCGUCGCCUCAUGUGGAGCUCUUGUUGGCCAUGCCAAGACCAAAGGUGAUGAUGCGCCUGUGGUCUGUCUUGGCGCAGCUGGGCUUGCGUCGCAUCGUGCUGACGAACGCCUGGCGCGUGGAGAAGGCCUACUUUUCCUCCCACUCCACGGAGCCAAAGAGGUACAUCCCUGAGUUACUGGAGGGCCUGGAGCAGGCAGUCUGCACCAGCCUCCCAGAGGUUCGUAUCGAGAUGCGACUGAAGCCUUUCAUCGAAGAUCAGGUGGACGUGCUGUUCCCAAAAGAUCGCUAUUUGAGGCUCUUUUGCCACCCAGGUGCUGGUCUCCGCCUCCGCGAUGCCGUGACAGCCGGACAGAAACCGCCCCAGGCAGUGGUGCUGGCGGUGGGGCCCGAGGGCGGCUGGGUGGACUACGAGGUGCAGCUCUUCCGAGAGCAUGGCUUCGUUCAGGUGAGCUUAGGCCGUCGGAUCUUGACCACCGACGUGGCCAUCAUCUCCCUGACCACCCUGGCAGCCGAUGCCCUGGCAGAGUCAGCAGCGGCUCCACACACGCCUUGGAGCGCCUGGCUGGUGAAGGAUUUGAAGAAGAGGAGCUGCAAGGACUUCAUCAGCUACGAAGAUGCCAAGGCCUGGUUCGACAAGUACUUCCCUCAAUAUGGCGAUAUUGCUGGCUUGGACGGGGACAAAGACGGCAAGCCCUGCGAAAAGCUCUUGAAGAAGUGA